AUGGCUGACCUUGACCUUGUGGCCAUGCUUGGUGAGGACCACGUCACUGAGGACGACUUCAACUGGGCCAUGGGAUUCACCCAGGAGUCUCCCCUGCACAAGCGCCUCAAGGCCGCUGCCGACGCUUUCAAGCACGAGUAUGCCCGGCUCCGCCAGGCUGAUGGCUCCUACGAUGAUGAGACCAGCGACCGCGUCUUCCACUUCUUCCCCAAGCUGCCCGGUGAGAUCCAGCUCGAGAUCUGGAAGUACGCUGCGUACGGCCUGGCGGUCCCCGCGGUCCAGGCCUUUGACUUUGACCUUGCUUACGACGCCAACGCCUCCCCUGUCGGCCGUGCUGGCAACGGUGUGAUUGCUUGCUUCAAGCCAAAGUACACCCGCGCGCUUACUGGACACCGCGGCUUGCUGAUGGCGUGCGUCGACUCGCGCAGGGCUUUCCUGGAGUUCUCGGACUACACGAUGCAGCCACUCACGUACCUGGUCAGCCCCCCCGCCGAGAAGACGGAGCCUGAGGCUCAGACCUUCCCCGAGUACAUCGACAAGUCCAACAAGGACAUCGACAAGAUGUGCGCCGACUACGGCAAGUAUGUGUACAACGGCUACCGUGAGGAGGACAGGCUGCCGCCCCGCAAGGCCAAGUCCAAGGCCAAAUCCAAGGCCAAGUCCAAGGAGGUCGACUCCCAGAACGACAAGAAGUUCGUCAACGUCAUCCUCCCCAUCAACUUCGACGAGACCCGCUUCGUCAUCGACAAGGUCGCAGCCACCUUCGCCUACACGACCGUCCACCCCUCCGCGCCGACAGCCGAGCGCGUCUUCACCCAGGCGGCGGGCCUCGAGGUCAUGCACAAGAUCAAGCGGCUCGCCAUGAGCACGAGCCAGGCGACCUUCAGCAGCGAGCGCAUCUUCAGCGACUUCUUCGCCACCUCGCCGCAGCACUGGCGCUGCGCCCCUCUCCCGGGCCCCAUCCCCUUCGCCCUCGGCGCGCUCGAGGAGGUCACCUACGUGAGCGCAAAGGCCUUCCGCCGCCAGUGCUGCAUCGGCCACGCCCACGUCUGGGCCACCGCCCCGACCGUCAAGCUGCGCACCUUCCAGCGCGGCCUGCGCACCGCCAGCGACGCCUGGCCCGUCGCCGACCUGUACCGCGUCCACGCCACCCUCAUGGGCAGCUGGACCCGCUACGACCGUGACUUCAACCUGCGCUGGAUGAAGGCUAUGAAGCAGCAUUGCACCUGUCGCCGCUGA